AUGGAUCUCGUUGCAGGAGUCCGUAAAGAAGGGAGUCGCGGAGGUCGCGACUCCUUCAAAUGGUCCGACGUUAAAGAAUCCUCACACCGCGAGAACUAUCUAGGUCACUCGAUCAUGGCACCAGUUGGUCGAUGGCAACAAGGUCGUGACCUCAAUUGGUACGCAAAGAACAACCAAGAUAGCGACGCGGCAAAACAAGAACACGAGGAGGAGAUCCGGCGCAUCAAGGAGGCCGAACAGGAUGCAAUGGCGCUCGCGCUCGGAUUACCUGUUGCUCCUCGCAGUGCUGCUUCGAAUGCAAAUAUGACUCCGUUGGGUGGGAAUGACGUGCGAAAGGCUGUGCAGGAAUCAACGGAGACAGAAGAUAGGACCGGCGAUGAUGGCGGUCGCGGGAUCGGAUUUGGUUCAUAUGGAGGAGUAGCUGGAAGUAUGAAUGAAACCGAUGGUGAGACAUUGGCACCUAUUGGCAUGGAUUCUGCGGGUGAUCGGCUGUCGGUGCGGGAGAAAGAUGGUGGUAGAGGUCGAGAGUCGAGAUGUCAUCGCUCGAGGAGGGAUAGGUCUCGAGAACAUGGCCGGAAACGGGAACGUGGUCAUCGCGAUCAUGGUCGAAGUCACCGGCAUGACCGAGAUCUAGACCGGGAACACCUUCAUCGUCACCAUCAUCGGGAACAUAGAGAACAUCGGCGCCAUAGGUCUCGGUCUCGAUCAGGGUCGAGAUCCCCAAGACCAGAACGUCGUGACCGAAGACAUGAAUCAGGCCGCCGUCGUGAUGCUGAUCGUUCCGGACGUCGUCGUUCGAGCUCUCCGCGACACGAUCGAGCUGGUCGUGAAAAUGAUAGAGAGGCGCAUAGACAUCAUCGUCGAUAG